AUGGCGAGCAGCGACAGCAACCACGCCACGGUGAGCUUCGGCUCCGAGGAGGACGAGGAGGUGACCCGGGAACUGGAGACGGAGGAGGAGUCAGAGGGCGAGGAGGACGAGACGGCCGCGGAGACGGAGGAGGAGCCCGACGCCAGGUUAUCAGACCAGGAUGAAGAGGGCAAGAUCAAGCAGGAGUGUAUCAUAUCUGACCCCUCCUUUUCCAUGGUGACAGUUCAACGGGAAGAUAGUGGAAUAACUUGGGAGACAAAUUCCAGUAGGUCUUCUACUCCCUGGGCCUCAGAAGAAAGUCAGACUUCUGGUGUGUGUAGUCUGGAAGGGUCAGCUGUGAAUUCUCCUCCAGGGAAUGUUUCAUUUAUUGUGGAUGAAGUUAAAAAGUCUCGUAAAAGAACACAUAAGUCAAAACAUGGCUCGCCUUCAUUGCGUCGGAAAGGUAACAAAAAGAGACAUUCUUUAGAAUCCCAAGGAGAUGUUCCAGCAAACAAAAAAGACAGUCCUUUAAUUUCAGAAAAGCAAGAACUCAAAACUGAGAAAGAGAAAUCAUCUAUUGGCAUUUAUGAUACAAUGAGAAAAAAGAAAACUGCCUCAAAUACACCUCCUAUUACUGGGGCAAUAUACAAAGAACACAAGCCAUUAGUAUUAAGACCAGUCUACAUAGGAACAGUUCAAUAUAAAAUUAAGAUGUUUAAUUCAGUUAAAGAAGAAUUAAUUCCUCUACAGUUUUAUGGAACAUUGCCAAAGGGUUAUGUAAUUAAAGAAAUACAUUAUAGGAAAGGGAAAGAAGCAUCCAUUAGUCUAGAGCCAGAUUUAGGCAAUCGUGAUUUUAAUAUAGUUUCUAAAACAGGCAAAUUAGCAACCCAAAGCAUGAAAGAAGAGAAAGAAAAAGAGCUUGUUCCACCCUGGAGAGGUGCACUCUCCAGAGGAUCAAAAUCCUUAACCUCAUUGUUUAGUCAUGAUGAUCAAAAGAAAAUUCAUGUUGAUUCAUCCCUAAAUGUAGCAUCUGCAGCCAAGCACACAGUUUCCUCUUAUUCAAGUAAUGAUACAAUAGAACAGGAAAUGCAGCCUAGCUCUCCACAGUCAGUGCCACAACAGCCAGGUGAUGAAGCAAAAUCCCAUGAAAUAGAGUCUUCCUCUCUUACACCUGAUACAUCUGCAACAGUGUUAUUAGAAACAGAAAAGGAAGAUUUUGAGCCUGGUCCACAAGUAAGUAUAAUUUCGGAGAAUGACGCUUCAGUCUCAUCAUCUCUAACUGAUGAGAUAAAGAAAGAAGACGUGUACUCUGCUGAUCAUUCCUUCUCACUAGAGGCAGAGAAGGAUUCUCUGGAGACAGUUUUACCAGGUCUGGCAGCAUCUGUUCAGGAAGAUUUUGGCACAGAGAAAGAACAGCUGGACUUGACGUCACUAAAAGUGGCAGAACCAGUUUCUGAACAAUUGACCCCUCCUUAUGAUAAUGUCAAAGAAGAUAAGGAAGAAAAUAUAUCUGAGCCAUCCAUUCAUCCUCCUGAACCUCUAGUGUUAGAAGAACCCGAGAAAGAAGAAAUAGAAACGUCCCUACCAAAGACUGCUAUCCCUGAACCUGAAGAUUCUAAUUUUGUAGAAGAGAUCAUAGAACUUGACUACCCAGAAAGUCCAUUAGUUUCUGAGAAAUCCUUCCCACCACGUUUGGCCCCUGAAGUGGAGCAGGAAGAUCAGGAGUCCAUUCUACCACUAGUGGGAACAUCAACACCUGGACAAGUAGUGUUCUCUGAGGAAGAAAGAGAGGAAAGUGAGUCUGUUUCUACUGACUCUGCUUUUGCAUCAGAGUAUUCAGUCCCACAGGAUUUGAACCAUGAACUAGAAAGGAAAGAAAUUGAUCCAGUUUCCUCAUCCAUUGUAAACGGUAGAUCUGAACGUGCAGUUUUGUCAGAGGAAGAAAAUGAGGAUUUUGAGCCUUCUUCCCUAGCGGAGGCCUCUGAAUCUGAAUACUCUGUCACACCAUUCACAACUGAGGAGACUUCUGAAUGCCAGUCCCCACUAUUCUCAACAGCCACAUCAGAACAGAUGAUCCUAUCAGAAGAAGAGGCCCCAGAAAGUGAGUGUUACACACCAGAUUCCAUAUCUGCCCCCGACAAUUCAAUUCCAUCACAUGCACUGAAAGAGUCACAGAAGAAAGCCAUUGACCAGGAAUCCCCAUUAAAAUCAAAAGGUCUUUCUGAGCAUAUGAUUCUGUCAGAAAAAAAGAAGGAAGACAUUGAAUCAUAUUUCCCAGAUGUAUCCUCUGAAUCUGAAAACUCUCUUCCACCUUAUACAAGCAGGACUCCUGAAUGCCAGUCACCACCACUUUCAACUGCUCCAUCAGAACAUACAGUCCUAUCAGAGGAAGAGGAUAUAAGAAGUGAGCAUUUCAUGCUAGAUUCAACAAUUCAAUCCAAAUAUGCACUUUCACCAAAUGAAACACAAGAAUCUCAAAAGAAAAUGAUUGAUGAUAUAUCCCAAUUUAAGCCAAAAAGUAUUUCUGAGCACAUAAUUCUGUCAGAAGAGAAGAAAGAUAGUGGACCAUUUUCCCCAGAACUGGCUCCUGUAUCUGAACAGUCUCUCCCACCACACACAAAUGAAACAACUUCUGAAUGCCCAUCCCCGCCACUUUUAGCUACUCCAUCUGAACAAAUGGUUCUGUCAGAAGAGACGACAGUAGAAAUGGAGUGGGACACACCUUCUUCCACCUCUGUUUCUGAAUUUUCAGUAUUACCACAAGCAGCACGAGAAUCACAGAAGGAAGAAAUUGUCCACAGAUCCCCUUUAAAUCUAAAAGGUACCUCCUCACCCAUGAAUUUACCAGAAGAAGAGCAAGAAGACAUUGGACCUUUUUCUCCAGAUUCAGCAUUUGCAUCAGAAUUCUCAUUUCCAUCCUAUUCAACUCAGGAAGCGGUGAAAAGAGAAUUUGAGUGUGAUUCUCCAAUAUAUUUAACAUCACCCUCUGAUCAUACUAUUUUGUCAGAUGAAGACACUGAAGAAGUGGAGCUUUUCUCUCCAGACUCAGCAUCACAAGUUUCAAUCCCACCAUACAGAGUCCCAGAAACAAAGGAGAGUGAACUUGAGCUGGAUUCACUGUUGACUGCAAUGUCUGCCUCAGGAUAUUCCUGCUCUCCAGAAGGAGAUGAGGAAGAAAUCGGAUCUACUGCUUCUACGCCUGUACCUGAGCAUCUCAGUUUGUCACAGAAACAAAAAGAUGAACCAGCCCCUGUGAUGUCUGCACCUGAAGACUUGAGUCUACAAUCUUUAAUGAACAAAGCAGAGAAGGCAGAAAUUAAGCCAGGUGCUCAAACAACUUCAAAAUCUGUAUCUGAAUAUCUUAUUUUGGCACAGAAGCAGAAAGCUCAAACAACUUUGGAGCCUGAGUCUGAAGACUUGAUUCCUCCAUAUUUAACCAAUGAAUCAGAGAAGGAAGAAAUUAAGAUUAGUUCAUCAGUAGCUACAACACCUGCUUUGAUACCUGCACAAUCAUUUUGGGUAAAGGAAGAAGCCAAACCUGCAUCGCCUGCAUCUCAAUAUUCAAUAUCACCAGAUUCAGUCCAUGAAAUUAAGAAAGAACAGGAACCCAAAGAAUCAUUCACUCCGAAAGCUGCAAAUGAACAGAUGGCCUUGUCAAAAGUCAGGAAGGAAGAAACUGUGCCUGAUUCACAAGCAGCUACAGCAUAUGUGUCACAGGAUCAAAAAAUGGACCCUCAGCUUCCAACUGUUCCAGGGCCUGAGAUGAAAUAUUCAGUUGUGCCUGACUUAGUAAAUGAGCCAAAAGAUAUCAAGCCCACUUUAGCUCCAACUGUGACAUCUGAACUGGAUCAGAGAAUGCUGUCAAAGAAUGAGCCAGAAAAAAUAAAACCACAGUCACCUCUAAAGGAAACAUCUUUAUCUGGUGUUUCAUCAGCAGUAAAAACAGAAGUUAACCAUAAUUCUAAGAUGACAGUUGCACCUAUAGUUCCACAUUCAUCUUCAUCAGGAGUGGAAAAGGAAGUUGAACAUGGUGUGCUUGCACCAGCAUUUUCAGCUUUCCCAGAAGAAAUAAAGGAAGGAAUUGAACCCAGUUCUUCCACAACCACAACAUCUGUAACUAAGCAUAAUUCAAAUUUAAUCAAAUUAGCAAAAGAAGAAAUCCCAUCAGAUUCAUUGCUUACUACCCCUGUGGAACAUCCAGUCUUAACAAAAGUAGAAAAGAGUGAAUUAGGAAUUGGCUUGCCACCACUUGUGACAUCUAUAGACAAACAUUCAGUUCCAAAAGAAGAAGAAAAAGUAGCGGUUAAAGGUGCUUCUUCUCCCGUUGAAACUACUGUGUCAAAAAGGUGGGCAGAAGAAGAGAAGGAAACUAAAUUGGAUUCACCUCCAAGUGUACCCUUUAUAUCAGAGCACUCUACUUUAUCAAAGGUAGAAACCAAAGAAAUUAAACCUGGGUUGUCAAUAACCAAAACAUCUUCGUCAGUGCAUUCAGAUGUAUCUACAGAGGCAAGGGCAGAAGAGGAACAAGGUCUUCCGUUUUCUGCAGUCCUUGACUCUGAACAUUUGAGUUCAUCACAGAAAAAGAACUCUGCAUUUUCCUCAGAGGUGUCAGGACCUGCACUUUUGCUUUCACCCAAGCUGGAUGGUGAGAUAAAGGAAAAAGACACUGAGCUUCCUUCAUUACAAAAUGUGUCACCUGCACCCAAACAAACUGUUUCAAAAGGCAUAAAUGAGGAAAUGCCAUGUUCUUCUCCAAAGCUAGAAAAUUUAGUGCCAGAAGAUUUUGUCCCAACAUCUACUACAAUGCCUGAAGUAUCAGAGAUUUCAUCUUGCCUUGGGGAGGAACCUCAGAAUCAAGAAAUUAAACCUUUGUCUCCUAAAGGAGUUAGCUUAGGGUCAAAAGAAGCAUCUACCUAUUUGGUUGAAGGAGAAAAUCUAGAAAAACUUAAGCCAUAUGGUUUUUCUUUAAAAGAAUUAUCAGAGGAGUUGAACCAUUCAACUGAUUUUGAAAAAGAAGAAAAACAAGAAUUAGGCCCAUUACCACCAACAGAAAACUUGAAGUCACAAGUGACAGAAAAUAUUUUAACUAAACCAAGUGAAGAAACCAGCCAACCAGAUUCAAUGCAUGUACCCCACAGUGUAACAGAGCCAUCAACGAUCCCCUCUUCUGACCUCCUUAUGGAACAAAAGAAGCCCAGAGAAGCACUUUAUUCAGAUAAAGGUGUCAAACUGCCUGAUGUAAGCAGCUCUUUUGCAGAUAAACAAGAUCUGGCUAGUAAACAGCUUCCCUCUAUGAAAGAAAAUUUGCCUUUGGAGGAAUCAAAGUCAUUAGUGACAACUGAGUUGACAGAUGUUAAAGAAACAAAAAUGAAAGAGCCCCUUAUUUAUCCAGAGGAUGAAAAUUGGAGCCUGGAAAAGCCAGAAAGUGAUUUGGCCAGUUGUCGGGAAGAAAGAAUAGUGAGAUCUGUGCAGCUGGAUACCUCUGGCCGCAGUGGUCUGAUGACAGAGCAGCUUAAGGCUGGUCUGUCAGAGAAAGAGCAUACGUAUGAAAUCAGAAAGGAGCUUCUGCCAUAUUCUGUGGAGGAAUCUCAUUUAUCAUCACAAGAACCAGAAUCUGCUCUAGAAAGCUCCAGGAGUAACGCAGAGACACUAUCAACUAAAGCUUACACUUCUGAAGAAACAAAGCUGACCCAAGAAUCAACAUCUAUAGUUCCAGCUGGAAAUCUAGACAGAAAUGUAGCAGAAGGAAAGCAGAGUCAUUCUCUUGUGGGGAGUGAAAGUUUGAUACUGGAGAAAGCAAGCACAGAAUUUUCCAGGCCUUACAAAGAAGAUAGCCAGGAAGAAAUCCUCCAGAAACCAGUUUCUGGCACAUCAGUGGAACAGAUCAAGUCAGAACCAAUUCCCUCUUCCACAAAAGCAGCCCAUGUCCUGGAAGCAGAUGUAAAGUCUCCCCCAAGUAAUGAAAAAGAAACACAAAGUACCGCACCUCCUUUACCUGGAGAGAAGCCAUUAGAAAUACCAAAAAUGGUUAAAUCAAAGGUUGUAGAUGAUGCCACGCCUGCAGUGAAAAUACCCACACAAAGAAAACCCCUCUCAUCAGUCCAAGCUACUGAGGAACCUCAGCCCCCAGAGUCACUUGAAGUAACACAAAAGCUGCCUGAGCAGCCAAAGGCAGUUGAGCCAGUCCUUCCUGCAGAAAAGGGAAAGAAAAGAAUUUCAUCUUUGAAAUCGUGGAUGUCCAGCUUGUUUUUUGGAUCAAGCACAUCAGAUAACAAAGUUGCUGAAAAAGAAAAAUUAGAAGUUCAUCCAAGUCAAUCAGCAGAAAAAGCAGUGCCUGUGGUAGAGCCUAAACAAACUAUUAUCAAUGCCCCUGCUGAAUUUAGUGCACCUGAAAAACUAGUUGAUCAUCCGUUACCAGAGGCAAAACUUAAAACUGCUGAAGAAUCUAAAGCUGCUUUAGUUAAACCUAGUGAAGGUCAAGAAAAACCCACAGUUAUAUCAAAUGCAGAAGAUUUACAACAGCCAAAUUCCAACACUGAGGCAUCUAAUGAAGAUUACAAGAAGAAAGAAGCCUUAGAUUAUUCAGAAAAAAUGGAUAUAAACUUAGAAGUUACUUCUGCUGAUGGUGAGGAACAUCUUGGAAUUCAGUCCUAUUCCCUCAUGGGUGAGAAAUCAAUUGUGAGAAAAGCCAAACAUGUGGUUCCUCUUCAUGUCACUGAUAGUGAGAAAGCCCAGAAGCCAGCAAUCUCUCCUCCUUCUACAUGGAAGAUUUCUAUUCUUAAGGAAGAGCCAAGAAGUAAUCAAAAGGAAAAAUCACUCUUUUCAUUUGAUCAAGUAGAUAAGGUGCCACAACAGCCAAUAUCUGCUUCAUCCAACUUCAUGAAUAAGAGUAUCACAAAGGAAUCUGAGAAGCUGGAGUCAGUAGUUUUGCCAGUAGAAGAAUCAAAAAGCAGUUUAAUUGAUCUUGGUGAAGAUGGACUAAAGAAAGAAAUACCAAAACCUACUUCCUCGAACAUUUCUGAAGAGGAAAUAAAAUUCACAUCUGUUAGCCUAACUGAAGUGAAAGAUAACUUGGAAACCAGAUCAUAUUCCUUGGCAGAAAAUAAGGUCUUGGCAGAAAAAGAAGAAACUCUGGCCCCAUUAGAACUUAGAGAUAAUAAUGAAAUACAAAAGGCACAAAUUAUACACGAAUUUAGACCUAUUAAAUUAGAAGAAUCAAAAGUUGCUGCUAUGCUACAAGUCUGUCAAAAUGAAGAGCACAAAGAAACAUCCAAAAUUAUUGUUGGUUGUGAGGAGAAAGGAGAAGAAAGAGAAAGGUGGUCACAUGUACUUGCAGAAGAAAAAAAGCAGCAGGAAAUUCAGUCUUCUGUGAAUGUAGUCCGGUCUAUGCAUGAAGAAUCAGAUAUCUCUUCAGGUUGUUCUUUGGAUGAGACUCAACCAUUUUCAUUAGUUAAAACAACAGCAAUUAUUGAAAAAUCACAAACCAUGCUCCCAGAGGCUCAACCAGAAAUCAGGGAAACAAAGAUAAUAGAAACCCAGCCACCUCCGUUAGAAGAAAGGAAAAUUGUGGUGGAAAAAACCAAGACUAUCAUUCCAGUGGAUCUUCCUUCUCACGAUGAAAUAGAUAACCACUCUUUACUUAAGGAAGACAAUCUGGUAUUGGAAAAGUCAAGUGAGGACAUGGCAGGUCACACUGAAGAAAAAGGACAGUUCACAUUGUCAGAGCUGUCAAAAGAUAGUUCAACAGGUAUCACAAAGGAAAGUACGAAGCAAGGAUCUUCAUUUAAAGAAUCUGAAAUGACUUUAGAUAGUCCUUUAGAGGAAACAAAGAGCUUAGAAACACUGCCACAUUUGUUGUCUUCUGUAAAACCACAGCCACUUGUUUCAGGAACUUCUUUAGAAAUUAGUACAGCAAAGAAACAAGAAAUGCCACAGUCAGAGUGGACUCCAGAUAGGCAUACAGUCCAUACUAUUCAACCAUCUAAAGAUCACACAUUUGAUAUGCCUACACAAUCUGUUUUUGUUUCAAAGCACCAUUUGGAGGCUGAAAAAGAUGUCCACACAAAUGAACCAUGCUCUUCAGAAAGCAGCAACUAUACUCAAUUUAUAAUGAAUGCAUCAACUAUCAGUACUGAUAAAUCUGUUCAUAUGAAAGAAAUAUCCAAAGAGUCUGAAGACAUAGAUGCAAAAGAUGAAUUUACAGUGACUAGUAAGCCAGCUGGACUUUCAGAAGAUCAAAAGAGUGCCUUCAGUAUAAUUUCUGAAGGUUGUGAGAUAUUGAAUAUUCAUGCUCCUGCAUUUAUUUCUUCAGUUGAUCAGGAGGAAAGUGAACACAUGAAAGAUAAAUUAGAAUAUUUGGAAGAGAAAGCCUCAUUGAAAACCAUACCACUUCAUGAUGACACUGAGGCAGUUAUUUGCCAUAGAACAUUAAAGAGUAAGUUAGAAGAUUCUGAUGAAGAAGUUACAUUACUGAAAGAAAACAAACAAAAGGAAACUCCCGAAACAAAAGAAGAAAUACCCACAGAUUCAGAAAAUAGUGAUUUAGCUUUUGUUCAGCCCACAAUUCCCAGUGAAGAGGAUUAUUUUGAAAAAUAUACUUUGAUUGAUUAUAACAUCUCCCCAGACCCAGAAAAACUGAAGUUUCCACAAAAAUUACAUGUUGAAGAGGAAUUCUCAAAGGAAAUUUCAGAAGAAAUUAUCUCUUUCCCAGAAAGUUCAGAGGAAAGUGCUCUAAAACAUGAAUAUGAUUUGGUAAAAUUGGAUGAAAGUUUUUAUGGACCAGAAAAGGACCACAGCAAAUUAUCUAACUCAGAGAUCCAACAUUCUUUGGGUAUCCAAAAACCAGCUGACAGAGAUGCUCCAAAGGGCAUAACUAGAGAUGUGGACUCCAAGUCACCUGGGAUGCCUUUAUUUGAUGCAGAGGAAGGAGUUUUGUCACGAACUCAGAUAUUUCCUACCACUGUUAAACUAAUUAAUCCAGAACAUUUGGAGGAGACACCUGCACUUGCAUUUUUAUACAAGGAUCUGUACGAAGAAGCAGUUGGAGAGAAAAAGAAAGAAGGGGAGACAGUUUCUGAAGAUGACAGUGUGAAUUCUGAGGCAUCAUUUCCAAGCAGAAAUUCUGACACUGAUGAUGGAACAGGAAUAUAUUUUGAGAAGUACAUACUCAAAGAUGACAUUCUCCAUGACACAUCUGUAACUCAAAAGGACCAAGGCCAAGGUCUGGAAGAAAAACCAGUUGGUAAGGAUGAUUCAUACCAACGGUUAGCUGCAGAAGGAGAAAUUUGGGGGAGGUUUGAAACUAUUCUGGGGGAGAGGAGUCUGGAAGAGGAGCAGAAAGCUGUUUGUAGGGAAGGAGAAUCAGUAGGCCAUGUGGAGACACUUGAUAAGGUAGAGAUGCAGAGGAAAACUCCCAUCACUGAAGAAGUCAGUAUGGUUACCCAGAAGAUAAGUUAUGCAGUUCCAUUUGAAGACACCCAUAAUGUCCUGGAGAGAGUAGAUGAAACUAGCGGUGAGGGUAAUGAAGCAGGGAAUGCAACUACAGAGGUGAAUCUGAAUGUCCCAGUACAAGUGUCCUUCCCAGAGGAAGAAUUUGCAUCUGGUGCAACUUGCGUUCAAGAAACACUGCAAGAAGAACCUAAGAUGGUCCCACACGAGCCACAUGAAGAUAGGCUCCGUAACAGCCCCGUUCAAGAUGACUAUGAAUUUGCUGAAUCUCUGAAUUAUGAUGUGGUCACUCAAGACAUUCUAUCAGAAGAACUGUGUUCAGACUCUACACUUGAAGAUGCAUUACCUCAAGGGGAGGAAUCAAUUGAACACAUCAGUGAAAACAAAUUUGUGAGGGAGGUGGAACAAAGUAUGUCUGUUGAACAGAAAGAAUUAGACAGAGAGAGGACAGAACAAGACCAAUUAUCAGAGUUAGCAUCUGAGAAGGCACAGAAGGAACCGAAAAAGUCCCAGAUUGACACAUACUGUUACACUUGCAAAAGCCCAAUUUCUGCUACUGACAAGAUGUUUGGCACACACAAAGAUCACGAAGUUUCAACGCUUGACACAGCUAUAACUGCCAUAAAGGUUCAAUUAGCAGACUUUCUAGAAAAUUUACAAGAAAAGUCUUUAAGGAUUGAAGCCUUUGUUAGUGAGAUAGAAUCCUUUUUUAAUACCAUUGAGUCAUUUGAAGAAAUCAAUAAAAGGUUGCUUUCUGCAAUGGAGAGCACUGCUUCUUUAGAGAACAUGCCUGCUGCAUUUUCACUUUUUGAACAUUAUGAUGACAGUGCUGCAAGAAGUGACCAGAUGUUAAAACAAGUGCCUGUUCCCCAGCCUCCUAGAUUAGAACCUCAGGAACCAAAUUCCGCCACUAGCACAACGAUUGCCGUUUAUUGGAGUAUGAACAAGGAAGAUAUCAUUGACUCAUUUCAGGUUUACUGCAUGGAGGAGCCACAAGAUGACCAAGAAGUAAACGAAUUGGUGGAAGAAUACAGAGUGACAGUGAAAGAAAGCUACUGUAUAUUUGAAGAUUUGGAACCUGACCGAAGUUACCAAGUGUGGGUAAUGGCUGUGAACUUCACUGGAUGUAGCCUUCCCAGUGAAAGGGCUAUUUUUAGGACAGCACCCUCCACCCCUGUAAUCCGCUCUGAGGACUGCACUGUUUGUUGGAACACAGCCACCAUCCGAUGGCGGGCGGCCAACCCAGAGGCCACAGAGACUUACACUCUGGAGUACUGCAGACAGCACUCUCCUGAGGGUGAAGGUCUCAGAUCUUUCUCUGGAAUUAAAGGACUACAGCUGAAAGUUAACCUCCAACCCAAUGAUAAUUAUUUUUUCUACGUGAGAGCCAUCAAUGCAUUUGGGACAAGUGAGCAGAGCGAAGCUGCCCUCAUUUCUACCAGAGGAACCAGAUUUCUAUUGUUGAGAGAAACAGCUCACCCUGCACUGCAAAUUUCCUCAAAUGGGACAGUGAUUAGCUUUGCUGAAAGAAGACGACUGACAGAAAUCCCAUCAGUGCUGGGUGAAGAGCUGCCUGCCUGUGGCCAGCAUUACUGGGAAACCACGGUCACAGACUGCCCGGCUUACCGGCUUGGCAUCUGCUCCAGCUCGGCUGUACAGGCGGCUACCCUUGGACAAGGCGAGACCUCGUGGUAUAUGCAUUGUUCUGAGCCACAGAGAUACACAUUUUUCUACAGUGGCAUUGUGAGUGACGUUCAUGUGACUGAACACCCAGCCAGAGUGGGCAUUCUGCUGGACUACACCAAUCAGAGACUUCUAUUCAUAAAUGCUGAAAGUGGACAGUUGCUCUUCACCAUUAGGCACAGGUUUAAUGAGGGCAUUCAUCCUGCUUUUGCCCUAGAGAAACCUGGAAAAUGCACUUUGCACCUGGGGAUAGAGCCCCCAGAUUCUGCAAGACACAAGUAA